AUGGAGGCCACAGCUCUUCGAUCAUGGGAGCUGGACAACAACGUCCAGCUGGUUGACGCCAAGCGGGAUGCGCUGUACAACUACGAUGCCGAUGCCCAAAAGACCAUAGCAGAUGCCCGCCCGUGGGCCAAGGACCCAGGCUACUUCAAGUCUGUGAGGAUCAGCGCCGUUGCCCUGAUCAAGAUGACGAUGCAUGCGCGGUCUGGAGGCAACCUCGAGGUCAUGGGCCUGAUGCAAGGCUACAUUGAUGCCGAAACGUUUGUGGUGACGGACGCUUUCCGACUGCCCGUCGAAGGAACCGAGACGCGAGUCAACGCACAGAACGAAGCGAACGAAUACCUUAUUGAAUACUUGGACCUUUGUCGAGAGCAGGGCAGGCAAGAGAACGUGGUGGGAUGGUACCACAGCCACCCGGGAUAUGGAUGCUGGCUGAGCGGCAUCGACGUCGAGACCGAGGCACUGCAGCAGCAGUUCCAGGACCCCUUCUUGGCGGUGGUGAUCGACCCGGAUCGCACCAUCAGCGCCGGCAAGGUCGAGAUUGGAGCAUUUCGCACAUAUCCCGCCAAUCACAGGGCCGACCCGUAUGCGUCCGAUGGCUUCCAAGCAGUUCCCCUCGACAAGGCCGCCGAAUUCGGCGCCCACUCAAGCCGAUACUACAGCCUCGAGGUCUCGCAUUUCAAGAGCACGCUCGACUCCCACCUCCUGGAGCUCCUGUGGCAUAAAUACUGGGUGCAGACGCUGAGCCAGAGCCCGCUGCUGACGAACCGCGAGUUCGGCAACAAGCAGAUGCUGGACCUGAGCUCCAAGAUCAAGGAGGCCACUUCGGGCCUUGUGCGGUCCCGGGUCGCCCAGACUGCAAUGAUGGGGGGUAAAGUCAACUCGGCUAUAGAGAAGCUUGGGCAAGAUGCGAAUUUGAUUGCUACCAAGGAGAUGUCUGGAUUGAUGGCCACACAGAUCAAGGCUAGAGUGUUUAAUGACUUGGGAGCCAAGACGGCACCGACCGACCCAACAACUGCCUAG